GUCUUUGGGUUUCGCCUCACAAGCUACCUAAUCUUCAGCCUUUCAAUGUUCACUUUACUUUACUACUCUUACUAAUUACUUCACUUAAUUCAUUUCCUUCGCAUUCAUGUUUUCACACUCUCCAAAAUCCUCAUGGGUAUUUGAACACUUUUGAAUGUGAAUACGACAUAUCUUCACACAUUUAAAAUGUCAUCCCAGGAUUGGGAAGAUGACCCGGAAUAUGACAUCCCUCUUCAACACAAACGACCAUUUGGAUCAGGACUCAAGCGAAAGCGAGUAGUUUUCGUCCCGGCUUCUUCAGAUGAUCUCAACAAUACCGAAGAAAAUAUAUCUACGAAGCCGUCACAGUCCGUAUCAGAUCUAUACUUGAGUAUAGUAUUACCCAAGGAAAAAGAUGAAGAUCAGUCAAGCCCGGAAAAGGCAAAAGUGAUCACCACACCUCAAAUCUGUGAGAUUUGCCAGUUGCCAGUCAAUGAGAGUUCCAAGGAUCUCGAGAAUUUAGAGACGAGUUCUCGACCACAUGAAGCUUCGAUAGCACAUCAAGUUUGCAAGGCCCACUCAUACCCUCCUUCGGCACUGGAUCGGUCGCGCAUGGGGUUGAAUGUUCUUCAGUCUCAAGGCUGGGAUCCAGACUCACGGAAAGGAUUGGGGUCUGAACAACAGGGCAUACAGUAUCCUAUUAAAGCAAAGCAGAAGAAUGACACUCUGGGAAUAGGCGUGCAAGUACCAAAGAAUUUACCGGUUAAGGAGAAAAAGGCUCAGACGUACGAUGCCAAAAAGGUACGAAAGAUGGCAAUGGAGGACAAGAAGAAGCACGAGAGACUUCGGCGACAAUUCUACGGCAAUCCAGAUGUAGAGAAAUACCUAGGGACCGGAUAGGAGUCACUCAGGACUCAGAACGUGUUAAAUGUUUACAUUGGUUACGGUGGAUUUAUGAGAAGUGUUUUAGCAAGCGAUUGAUUAUAUAUAAUGAGAUAGAUACCCCCGGACCCCUUUAGAAGCUCUUGAUAACAACGCUAACAGUUGUACUAAAUCACUUAUUAGACAUGGCUCA